UAGGUAUGUGCCACCUGACUGCCUGCAGAUGCCUUUGCAGCAGCACGGAAUGGACCUUCCAAAGGAUGUAGGUGACAGAAUACAUUUGCGAGGGAAAUGACAAUGGAAUUUUUUUGAACAAUGCGUGUCCACGGCUACAUAUCGACAUCUUUUCAAAACAAAUGAUGUAGCAUGUUAGUUUGUGUACUAGUGACACAAGUGAGUACGGGACUAUUAUGCAGUCUCACUGCGGCUGCAGCAGGGAGCUACUUGAAUUCUCAAAUAGUUUUACGAAAGCGACAGGAUCCCUGCCGACCACAAGAAAUGCAGCAGGCUUUUCCACAAUGACAGUGGCUGUGUCCUGCGUUUCAUUCACCUCUAGGGAUAGGGCGAAUGUUUGAAAAAAAGAGUGUUCUGUGUUUAUCAAGCAAACCAUCUCUCUUUUGACGUCUACAGAAGUCCUCAUCAAAUCCAAUAUGUUUUGCUGAUAAAGGAUCGAUCAAUCAUCAAGGACAUUGAUCAAGAUGGAAAGCGAGGCUUUUCUUCCCCAUCUGGAGCAAUUUAUGCUCAGCCCGCUUGUCAUUUGGGUGAAGACAUUUGGGCAAAACUAUGGGAACAUGACAUUGGAUUAUCCCGAGUUACUGGAUGGGGUCGUUUUGAACAAGAUCAUGAUUCAAAUAAAUCCCAAAGCGACUCUUCCGAGCGUCAACAAAGUGAACAACGACCCCAGUCAGAGGAUUCUGAACCUGACCGUUCUCAUCCGUCAAAUCAAAACCUAUUACCUAGAGACUCUGAGGCAGCUGAUCAUGAUGCCUUUACCCAACGUGUUGGUGCUUGGCAGGACUCCUCACUGUGAGCAAAGUCUGGAGGAAAUGAAGAAAUUACUUCUUCUCUUAUUGGGCUGUGCUGUCCAGUGUGAGAAGAGGGAAGAGUACGUCGAACGCAUCCAGACCCUCGACUUUGACACGAAAGCAGCAAUAGCUGCUCAUAUCCAAGAGGUUACCCACAGUCAGGACAGUGUACUGGACCUCCAUUGGCUGGAGGCCAGCGAGCUCUGUGCUGAGGACCUGGAGACCCUGUUCAGACGCCUGGUGGACCAGAGAGACACACAGCUGGAGACUAUUUUAGAGCUAAUGCAGGAGAGAGAGUCCACCCCGUCACCCUCUCCGCCCAGCGCCCAGUCCCCCAAUGACUGUCCCAGCAUGCAACAGCAGGCGGCCUCCCACCAGCACUUGUCUGUGGAGCUGGCCGACUCCAAGGCCAAGGUCAGACGGCUGCGCCAGGAGCUAGAGGAGAAGAGUGAGCAGGUACAGGACUGCAGACAGGAGCUGGAGAACAUGGAGGCUGAGUUCAACAGGAUUCAACAGGAGAACUCUGUGUUGCUAGCGGAGGCCCGGUCAGCCCGUACGUACCGUGACGAGCUGGAUGCCCUGAGAGAGAGGGCCAUCAGGGCUGACAAGCUGGAGAGCGAGGUGGGACGAUACCGCGAGAAGCUACACAACAUGGAGUUCUACAAGGCCAAAGUGGAGGAGCUGAAGGAGGAUAACUCUGUGUUGCUGGAGACCAAGGCUGUACUGCAGCAGCAGCUGGAGGGGUGGAGGUCCCGCUCUGAUAAACUACACCAGCUCGAGAAACACAGUCUGCUGCUCAACGCCAGGGUCCACGUCAUGGAACAGGAGAAGGAGGUGGACAGGAGGCGCAUGGAGGAGCUGCAGGAGGAGAACCUGGCCCUGGAGCUGGCCCAGAGGAGGAGCAUGGAGGAGUCACAGCACCUGGGAUGGGAGCUGGAGCAGCUCUCCAGGAGCCCCGACAACUCACAGGGUCAGAAGUCUCUGGGUGAGGAGGUGGUUGAGGGGACCAGGAGUCGUCUGCUGAGGCUGGAGAGAGAGAACCAAAGCCUGCUCAGGACCAUAGAGGAACUGAGAGCUGCUGACCUCAGCCUGGGACCGCAGCACCACCAUAACCAUGAGCACAUGUGGAGGGACGGCCAGCGACCCACAAACACGGCUGAGGUGGUUAGAGAGUACAUUGGCAGUUUAGACAACACCUCCUGGGAGCAGUCUGAAUUGGUCAUCAAAGAGGAUUGUGACAUUGACAUAGACACAUCACAUCACAGGGACCCAGAGUGCAACGGAGUGUCGGUUGACCUAGAGGGAGAGAUUGACCGACUGGAGAAAGAGAGCGAGACCCUCAAGGAGAAGAUGGACCUUCAGAAGCAAGAAAAAGGCCAACUUGAAGACGGAGAGUCUUGCGACCUGAGUGACCCCAUAGCUGACCUGGAAGCUGUAGCUAAAGACAACACCCGCAAUCUCCUUCAACCAGGCGCUUCAGUGUCUCUGAUGCGUGAUACCUCACCCUACUCUACUCGGGAGAACAGUAGCACGGGGCUGCAGGCGAGGGCUUCCUCUUCAUCCACGAAGCACACAGAGCGUCUGGAAGCGAAGUGUAGAGCCCUGGACACAGAGAACCAGCGGCUUCAGGCUGCCCUGGACAACACAGGCCGGAAGCUCCAGCGGCUGGAGGCCGAGGUCCACGAGCUGGAGGCUGAGAACCAGAUCCUGCAGGCUGGGCUGGAGGAGCUGAGGAUCUCCUCGCGGCGCAUGGAGCAGCUGGAGCAGGAGAAGCAGACCCUGGAGCAGGAGGCUUCAGGCCUGGAGAGAGACAAGAGGAGGUUGGAGAAGGAGAACCGCAGGCUGAGGCAACAGGCAGAGAUCCAGGACUCUACCCUGGACGGGAGCAACCUGAGAGUGGCUAGUCUGGAGAGAGAGAACAGGGGGAUGGGGAAGGAGGUGGAGAGGCUGAAGGAGGUGGAGGAGAGGGUCAAGGGGCUGGAGAGGGAUAACAGAGAGCUGGCCAAGCAGGGAGCGAUCAACCAGAGGGCCCUGGUCACCCUGAGAGAGGAGUUGGUGAGUGACAAGCUGAAGACGCAGCAGAGGGAGAAUGAGCUGGAGAGGCUGGCCCACGAGCUGGAGAUGAGAGUCCUCAACCAGGACACAUCACCACAGAGUGACGAGGAAACUCCAGACACUAGGUUCAAGAUGUUGGAGUCUGAACUGGAGUCGUCUCUGAAGAGGUCCCUGCAGAUCAAAGAAGACAAGAUGGCUGCCGUUGAGGCUCGUCUGCAGGAGUCCUCCACCCUCAACCAGCAGCUACGUCAAGAGCUCAAGACUGUGCGUCUGAACUACGAAGCUCUGCUGCAGAGGGAGGAGGAGGAGCAUGCGGCGCGUAGCCCCACCCCUCAGAGGGAGAGUGACAGGGCGGUAAGCGGAUGGCAGCGGGAGAGCCAGGAGGCCACCAGGGAGCUGCUGAGGGUCAAGGACCGCCUCAUCGAGGUGGAGAGGAACAAUGCCACACUGCAGGCAGAGCGUCAGGCACUGCAGGUCCAGCUCAGACAGCUGGAGACCCAGUCAGACGGCCUGCAGGCUCAGAUCUUGGCCCUGCAGAGACAGACUGCUUCCCUGCAGGAAAACAACACGGCUCUCCAGACACACAACGCUAACCUGCAGGUCGAGAAGUCCACUCUGAACUCCCAGAGUGCAUCACUCCUGGCCCAGAACGCUCAGCUCCAAUGCCAACAAUCCAGCACCGAGGGUGAUAAGGAGGUGGCCAUGCGUGAGCGCGAGGAGCUGCGUGGCGUGCACGACCAGCUCCUGAGGGACCACGAGAGGCUGGCGGCGCUGCACGAGAGACAAGCCAUGGACUACGAGGCCCUGAUGGGGAAACACGGUUGUCUGAAGAACGCCCACCGCACUCUGGAGCUGGAGCAUAGAACGCUGGAGGACAGGUACAAUACCCUGCUGCGGCAGAAGGCCAAACUAGAGGGUCUGGAGAAGGCUCUGAGAGAGGAGCAGGACAAGAUGUCUGUGGAGAAGGAACAGCACAGGACCACCGCCUCAGAGUGUCGACAGCUCCGGGAUGAGAAGGACUGGCUGAACCAGACGUACCGUCAGCUGUUGAAGGAUCAGGAGGAGCUCCAGGCGGACCAUAAGAACAUGAAGACCCUGCUGAACAGCACCAAGCUGGAGCAGACCAAGCUAGAGUCCGACUUCAACAAGCUCAGAGAGCAGUACCAACAGCUAGACAUCACCAGCACCAAGCUCACCAACCAGUGUGAGCUGCUGAGUCAGUUGAAGGGGAACCUGGAGGAGGAGAACCGGCACCUGCUGGACCAGAUCCAGACCCUGAUGCUGCAGAACCGCACCCUGCUAGAACAGACGAUGGAGAGCAAGGACCUGUUCCACGUAGAACAGAGACAGCACAUAGACAAGCUGAAUGAGCUGAGGAGACAGAAGGAGAAGUUGGAGGAGAAGAUCAUGGACCAGUACAAGUUCUAUGACCCCUCACCCCCACGGAGGCGUGGGAACUGGAUCGCCCUGAAGAUGAGGAAGCUGAUGAAGCCGAGGAGCCGCGAGCGUUGUGGCCCCAACUCCUCUUCUGACCACCAUCGCUCCCUCACCCCCACACGCUCUGGCUCCUUCGAGGCCCUCCCGCCCACCUCCCCCUCUACUUCCUGUUGCCAGGACAAUGGCUCCUUCGUGGGUUCGGACGGCUCGGGUGGGUCCACCACCUCCCCCAGAAGGAGCAGCAUGUCCACCCUGAAAAUCUUUCCCCUUAUGAGGAACAGACUGAAGGAUAAGGACAAAGUCAAGUCCCUCUUUCGUCGUUCCAUGUCCCUGAAUGACCUGGACAAACUGAAUGACUUGGUGUACCCCUCAACCCUGUCUGAGGACUCUGAGCAGCUAGAGGGGUCAGAGGUCAAGAAUGACAGAUCCAGGAAGGAGUCUAUGACCUCUUCCAUGAGCGACUCCAUCUUGUCCAUCAUCAACCAUCAACACCAGCCCACCACCACUCCUUUGUUUUAUCCCACCACCACUGCUGCUGCCGCUGCCACUGAUGGCAAUGAGCCAUGUUUGACAGACAAGGAUUGUAAUGACAGUGCUGUGGCGACUGACUUUGACGACGGUGAUGAACUACAAAACCACGGUCUGAAUGGUGUGACGAGCCGUGCCCAGAGCCAGAGCAGUGGAGAGUUCAGCCUCAGCCUAGACAACGAACCCUGGUCCAACGGCAGUAGCCCGGUCCAGCCGCCUCCAUCAUCCCGCCGCUCCUCUUCCUCUUGCCUUCCGCCUAGCGAUACCUCCAACCCCCGACACACACGGCAGAACCCCUCGCCGACCACACACACACAGCAGCGAUCCACUUCCUUAACACACACCAGCAGCAACAAACACAGAGAGAGGGUAGGAGUAAAGAACUCCUCACCUAUUGCCAUAGCAAACACCCAGGGUUCAGUUCCCUGUAGGGGGAGGGAGGUGGGUAGCACCCAGGACCCCUGGCCCAGAAGGAGUGUCCUCAGGAGGUGCGCCAGUGGCAGCAGAGCUCCCCAGCGCCCUUCCGAAGGGAAUGUUCCCAAAACAGCUCAGGGGAAGGUUGCCAUACUAUCUCGAUCUGGAUUAGGUCUGAACAAAGCUCCGGAGACCACCACCACCCGAGCCUCAGCCAUGUCCCCGAUCACGGUGCUCUACGUCCAGGGUAAAUCUUCCUCGGUGUCUGGGUGUCUCAACUGUUUCUCCACCCCGUUGGGGAAGGAGGCGCGUCUGAGAGGGCCAUGGUCUCCUGCCUCGCUACCCCGGGCCAGUAGCGUCAUCUCAACAGCCGAGGGUUCUUCGCGACGAUCCAGUGUCAACAGUGACUCUAGAGUGAUGGCGAAAGUAGAUCCCUUACCUAUCAUGGAAUCUGAUGGGAGCCCGAAUCAGGUUAAUCAGAAUCAGAACAAGCAGAACAAUCCAGAAGAACGAGACACUGAUAAUCACCCACCACCACCAAGCAAACCCCCCAGAGACCCAGCGAUAGCCACCGAUCGACCCAAAUCCACCUGCCAGGAAUCCCUCUUCGGUGGCACCCCGUUCAACCUAGACUCUGUCUUCUCAGACACUAUGUUUAGCGACUCGGUAGUCACCACCACUACUAGUAGCAGCAGCAAUAAUAACGAUAAGAACCAGAAUGUCCUCUGUCUGAACCCAGAUCUGGAGCGUAACAUCAGUUGCCCGCUCCUGAGGCAGGAGUCCACUAACGGCACGGCACUGGGACGCAUGGACAAUGUACAGAGCCAAAAUGGAGGACAAGAAGACUGUGAGAGUGAUACUGUAGAACUCACUCAGUGCUGAUUGCCGAUGACAGGUAGUUUGUAGUUGCAUGUAGAAACAGGUAGUUGUGAAUGUCAGUACCAACGUAGUACCAACCAUGACCAAUCAUUACCAAUGUAGUACCAACAUUGUUUCUCUAUACUUGUUUCUCUAUACUUGUUUCUCUAAUGUACAUAUUUUUAUAUUUAGUCCAAAUGAAGAUGUAAAUAAAAUGUACUUUUAGGGAAUAAGUUGUCAAGUUUCAAGUUGUUGUUUUCACAUCGACAAUAUUCCUUUGUUGUUUGACAAAAGUUUUCAGGAUCAUAUGGUCUAUGUUUUUAUUAGUAUUUAUAAGCCUGUGUUGAUAUUUGUCUUUUUAUUUGUGUUUAUAGGCCGUGUCAAUCUACAAAUGCUUAAACUCCCUAUUCAUAUAUACAUUUUGUUGUUCCCAUUCGGUAGAUCUAGUUAAUUAUACACAUAAACCUUUCAACCGAAAAACCAGAGCUCUCUGUCCAGAGUGUUGAUAUUACAUACAGACUAGUAGACAACAUGUACAUUACAUUACCUUGUUAGUUUAUUACCACGCUGGACAUUACAGUGAACCUAUAACAACAAACACAAUCAGUAAUAAUCUGAUUAGGAAAAACGCACCAAUAUGGUUCCUCGGUCGAGUGUCAUGUCAUGUGUCAUGUCAGUGUCAUGUCACGUGUCAUAUCAGUGUCAUGUCAUGUGUCAUAUCAGUGUCAUGUCAUGUGUCAUAUCAGUGUCAUGUCAUGUGUCAUGUGGGGACUGUGUUUUUGUUUGGUUUGUUCAGCUUGGUUUUUUUUGUUUGCUUUUCAUUGUCUCUGGUUCAUUGUCUCUGCAAAAAUCCAAUGCUGAGAUUGUCCUCAGUGAAGAUGAAACCUUGUAAAUGUAAAUGUGUGCAGGGACUUGAGGAGCCACAGUUGAAUAAAGCCCUUUUCAUUACUUUAA